GCCUCUUGCCCCCCUCAGUUGCGUUAACGACGGCGGGUAUCGGCCAAGCAGACAGUGGCAGCCCUACCAGUUUCGCCGGCAAUUUUGGAACCUUCUGGGGCGAAGGCGGGUCUGCGCCAACGCCCAAAAUACUUGAUGACGACUACUACCUGGAUGUGUCUGGCGUCGCCAGCGCCUCACCCUCAAGCGGCAGUCCCAAAAUACAGUCCCGAAUCGGCAGUCCCAAAAUACAGUCCCGAAUCGGCAGUCCCAAAAUACAGUCCCGAAUCGGCAGUCCCCUUAGAACCCUCCCCGACAGGUCCCCCAACAGUCCCCCUCAGGAUGCAGCCGACCCUUCCGACCUCGGCAUCGAUAUUGAUAUGUCCGACGCUACCGAUGCCUCGUCCGCAGGCGGCAAUCCCGGGGAACAAACGUCGCCCGGCAGUCCUGCUCAGCAUACAGCCGGCCAUUCCGGCUUCGGUAUCGAUAUGCCCAACAUUGCCGACACCGCCGACACAGCCGACAUUGCCGGCGCCGCAUCUGCAGGUGGCGGUCCCGAAAUCCAGUCGCGAGUUAGCAAUCCCCCCAGCAGUCCCGCUCAGCAUGCAGCCGACCCUCCCGGACUCGUUGUCGAUAUGCCCGACACCACCGACGCCGUGUCCGCGUCCAAGCCCAUCAUUGUCGAUGUUGAUGCCUUGGAACUCCAAAAGCCACGUUCAAUUCUCACGAUGCCCAAUUUCAAGGGGCCUUACUCGAAGAGGCUUAAUGAAAUGAUCGAGUGGGGACAUAAGCAGUUCCCAAAGAAUGGACUCAACGAGUUUAAAGAUGGAAAGUUCAUUCGCGCUGGGGUGUUUCAUGAACUCUCAUCUGAACACUCCUGGCUCGUGAUCGAACACUCUCCAACUCAUCCACUUUCCAAGGCGGGCAUGUCGAAGACAAAUCCUUCCAAGUCCUAA